AUGUCGCACUUCGGAAGAUCCGGCCCUCCGGACAUCAGAGACACCUAUUCUCUCCUCGUCCUCAACAUCACCUUCCGUACUACCGCCGAUGAUUUGUUCCCGUUGUUCGAUAAAUAUGGCAAAGUUGUGGAUGUUUUCAUCCCCCGCGACCGCAGGACUGGUGAUUCGAGAGGAUUUGCUUUCGUUAGGUAUAAGUACCAGGAUGAGGCUCAGAAGGCUGUUGAAAAGCUUGAUGGAAAAGAAGUUGAUGGAAGAGAGAUAAUGGUUCAGUUUGCCAAGUACGGGCCCAAUGCUGAACGAAUUCAUAAAGGAAAAAUAAUGGAGCCAGUGUACAAGACCAAAGGAAGGUCAAGAAGCCGAAGUCCCCGACCAAGGUAUAGGGAUGAAUACCGGGAUCGGGAUUACAGGAAGAGAAGCCGCAGCAGAAGUAGGGGAAGAGAUCGUGAUAGCCGUCGCGGCAGGGAUAGAGAUCGUCCCCGAAGCAGGAGCCGCAGUGAGAGUCCUGAUUACCGCAGAGAACGUAAUUUACUUUCCAUUUUUUUAUUUCUGCAGGACCCCACCUUCCCGUGGGGCGCGUUGAUUCUCGCAGCCCAUCUCCACGCUCUGAUGCUGAAGUGUAAGCAAGAUGGAUUGUGCCGAGACUUCAGCUUUACCAAUCUAAAGGAGGAUGUUCCUGAUGAUUCGUGUUAUGAAUGUGUAGAUCUAGAACUUAAUUGUCCGAACUUAAUUUUGAGGUUUAGCUCUUUCCAUUGUUACGAUGCCGCAGCUGUUGAUGCUGUUUCUACUUUGCUGUUGGUGGUUUUUUGUCUGUUGCUGCUGAUGCAGUUCUUUCAUGGACGAGGGCUGAUGUUAAUCUGCAACGCGUUUAACUUGAACGUAGUUUGCAACCAUCCUUGCGUUUUACAGUUUGUUUCUGAACUUCUUGAACGUUUCGGCAUAUGGUGCAUCUAUGAUUGUGGUAAUUUCUGCGGUAGAUUCUGUUCACUACUUGCUUAUUCAUUAAGGAUUAUGGGUGCUGCUCUUUUCCCCCCUCUGGCAAUAGGAAAACCGCGUUUUCAGUUACCUCCCUGGAUUUUGUCGAAAUCAGUGCGAUGGUUGACGAACAGAAGACAGCAACGCUUUCAAAUUCUCCUAAUUCUCCAGCCCUUGCAAUUGUCAAACAUCAAUGGUAGUGGUACACUUUAUACCUUCCCGUUUUUGUCGCUUCAUACCUCCAGAGAAUCAGCUCUCAGAAACCAGUUUACUGGUCCAAUUCCACCUUCUUCGGGUAAGUUAACUAGAUUAGAAGCAUUGUUUCCUUUCCUCAACAAACUCUCUGGUCCAAUUCCACGUGAGUUAGGGAAAAUAAAAUCACUUCAGAGUCUGGGCUUAUUUUGCAAUAAGCUCACUGGUUUAAUCCCGGCAUGGUUUGGUAAUCUCACCAAUUUGAAUCUGUUGCACCUCUAUAGCAAGCAAUUAAAUGGUUCAAUCUCCCAGGACCUUGGGAAUCUGAAGCUUAUGAGCGAUCAACAGUUAGGAGAGAAUCAGUUAACUGGUUCUAUUCCUUGUACUUCUGGUAAUAAUCUGACGUUACACGUUUUCUGUUUUCAUCUGCCAGGUUUGUGCCAAUUUCGACUGAUUGCACUUAAUCUGCGGCAGAUGUCAUUCUGUUUGCUAACUGAUUGCCUUGUCCACAGGAGAUCACUCAUUUUAACUACCUUUUUUAAGUUUUUGGCUUCAGAUAGGCUACUGAUCUUCAUGAAUCAUGAGGGAGAAGUUUCUUCGUCUGGUACAGCAAACAAGAUCAUAUUAGGACGGAUGGAGAGAGUGCUCGAUUCACAAUUGGCAUCGUGCUUCCGCGCGAUGUUAUGCUCAAUGGAAAACUGGUGUUCCAUGGGAAAGUUGAAGGCUGUGAGAAGGCUCAGCAAUACAGCAACUAUGAGGGAAAAAUGUGUCACCAUGUUUCAGCGGGUUCUGAUUUUGUUGGUGACAUUAGUUUGCAGUCAGGUGGCUUCAUAUCCUGCACAAGAGGCUGCUGCUCUUCUCAAAUGGAAAGCCACUAUGCAUAAUCCGGAUAAUCCCCGGCUAAGUUCCUGGUCUCUCCCGCCUUCAAAUGAUUCCGAUUUUGCUUCAGAAAUAAGCCCUUGUAAUUGGUAUGGUGUUUCCUGCGUUAAUGGAAGUGUUAACAGAUUGAACCUCACAGAGUCAGAGAUUGAUGGUACACUUUCCAGCUUCCCUUUUUUGUCACUUCCUAAUCUUGAGUAUGUUGAUUUUACCAUAAAUAAUCUUUCUGGCACCAUCCCUCCUCAGAUAGGUAAUCUCUCCAAGCUCAAUUAUCUUGAUUUGCAGCAAAAUAAGUUGUUUGGUGAAAUCCCAACUGAGAUUGGCUUGUUAAGAAACCUUGAAACACUUCACCUCAAUGAUAACCAGUUGAAUGGUUCAAUCCCUGAAGAGAUAGGACAGAUAACUUCACUGUUUGAUUUAGCUUUGUCUUCAAACCUUCUUGAAAGCUCCAUUCCUGCUUCAUUUGCCAAUUUUCAAAACUUGACUUACUUGUAUCUCUUUGACAAUCAUCUCUCUGGUCCAAUCCCACCUUCUUUGGGUAACUUGACAAAUUUAGAAACAUUGUUUCUUUUCAACAAUAACCUCUCUGGUCCCAUUCCUCCUGAGUUAGGGAAACUAAAAUCACUUGUUAGUCUGAGCUUAUUUGGCAAUCAGCUCACUGGGCCAAUCCCGGAGUCGUUAGGUAAUCUCACCAAUUUGAAUCUGUUGCACCUCUAUAGCAACCAAUUAAAUGGUUCAAUCCCCCAGGAACUUGGGAAUCUGAAGCUUAUGAAUGAUCUACAAUUAGCAGAUAGAAACCAGUUUACAGGUCUAAUCCCACCUUCUUUGGGUAACUUGACAAAUUUAGAAACAUUGUUUCUUUUCAACAAUAACCUCUCUGGUCCCAUUCCUCCUGAGUUAGGGAAACUAAAAUCACUUGUUAGUCUGAGCUUAUUUGGCAAUCAGCUCACUGGGCCAAUCCCGGCUACAUUUGGUAAUCUGAGUAACUUGGAGUAUUUGUAUUUGAGGGCAAACAAUCUUUCUGUUGCUUUUAUCAUGGCUGAUAACCAGUUUUCGGGUAAUUUACCUGAUGGGAUAUGCAAUGGUGGAAAGCUUCAGAAUAUCACAUUGCAUGGAAACAUGCUUACAGGUCCUCUUCCCAGGGACUUGAAGAAUUGCUCUAGCUUACUUAGAGCCCAAUUCAAUGGGAAUCAGUUUACUGGAAACCUGUCAGAGAUGCUCGGAGUUUAUCCUAAAUUGGACUUCAUAGACCUUAGCAACAACCAUUUCUAUGGCGAACUAUCCUCUGAUUGGGGUAGAUGUCAAAACUUGACCACCCUGAAGAUUGCGGAAAAUAACAUCUCAGGUGCAAUACCUGCUGAUCUUGGAAAUGUAACUCAGCUACAAUUCCUUGAUCUUUCUUCAAACCACAUUGUUGGUGAGAUUCCUAAAGAAUUCGGGAACUUGACUUCUAUGCUAAAUCUGUAUCUGCAAGGUAAUCAGCUUUCUGGCAGAAUCCCUGAUGAACUAGGAUCACUGACCCAAGUACUCUUCCUAGACCUUUCUGCGAAUUCAUUGAAUGAUUCAAUACCAGAAUCCUUAGGAAAGUGUCAGAAAUUAGUCAGCUUGAACUUGAGCAACAAUGCUUUGAGUCAAAAUAUACCUGAUCAAUUAGGCAAGCUAGUUCAACUUACCACACUAGAUCUUAGUCACAAUUUGCUUACAGGAAAUAUCCCAUCUGAGUUUCGUAGUUUGCAGAGUCUGGAAACCUUAGAGCUUUCCCACAACAAUCUCAGUGGAGAAAUUCCAGAUUUGGGGGGAUUGCCUGGCUCAUUGCAUAUUGACAUCUCUUACAAUGACUUUGAGGGUCCUGUUCCCACAGGCAAGCCCUUCACAAAUGUUACCAUACAGGAACUAGAGGGAAACAAAGGUUUGUGUGGGAACAUAACUGGGUUACGACCCUGUGAAAGCCCUCCAUUGGCGGGGAGCCGUGGAAGACACAAGGGCCGAAAACUUGUGCUAGCAAUUGUACUACCUGUUGUGGGAUCUCUUUUAAUACUGUGUGCUCUUGUUGGGUUGUUUCUUUUGCAUGAACGUAGAAAGAGGAGAUUAAGAGAUGAAAGUGGGGAUGCAAGUCAUGCUGGCGUUUUCUUUGUUGCUGGAGUUGAUGGGAAAGAAAUGUAUAGGCAAAUAUUAAAGGCCACAGAUGAUUUUGAUGCCAGAUUUUGCAUAGGAGAAGGAGGGUAUGGAAGGGUUUAUAAGGCAAAGCUUCCAUCAGGCAACGUUGUUGCAGUGAAGAAGCUUCAUCCCGUGUCCGAGAUGACAGAUCGCAAUGAUUUCCUGAGAGAAAUAGAAGCCUUGACAUACAUUAAGCACCGGAACAUUGUAAAGCUUUAUGGUUUUUGCUCAAAUGCCAAACACUCAUUAUUGGUUUAUGAGUACCUUGAGAGAGGCAGUUUGGCAAGCAUUUUCAGCAGAGAAGAGACAGCUAGGAAGUUGGACUGGCACACAAGAGUGAACAUCAUUAAGGGCGUUGCGUAUGCCUUGUCGUACAUGCAUCAUGACUGUUCGCCACCAAUAGUUCAUCGAGAUAUUACAACCAACAACAUUCUGCUGGAUUCUGAUUUUGAAGCUCAUGUUUCUGAUUUCGGCACUGCUAAAUUACUGAAUAAGGACUCGUCCCAUUGGAGCGCUCUAGCCGGCACUUAUGGAUACAUUGCGCCAGAGUUUGCCUACACAAUGGGAGUGACAGAAAAAUGUGAUGUGUAUAGCUUUGGAAUCUUGGUGCUAGAAAUAAUCAAUGGGAGAUAUCCAGCUGAGUACAUUUCGCGCGUAAUGCGUCCUACACCAGAAAACAUGCAACUCGCGGACUUGUUGGAUGAUCGGCUUCCUUACCCGAGUAAGGAAGUUGAAGAAGUUUUGAAAUCAAUCAUCAAAGUUGCAAGCAAAUGUGCUGUAGCAGAUCCCGAAUCUCGGCCAAGCAUGUACAUGGUUUCAGAGCUGUUAACAAUGGCUGCUCCACCUGAGCAAAAUUUUUGGGAUUCAAGGAAGAAAGAAGAAGAUGCAUUAAUUAGUGUUGCAGAUGAUUUGGAGAAUUUGGUCCUGCUCUCACCGCCGCUGCUAAAAGUUAAGAACCGGAUCCGAACCCACCGCCGACCACCUUUGGGAGCCACAAACCGGUGA